AUGGCAGCUGCUGCUUCCAAAUCUAAGAUCAACCGAGCACCGCCGAAGAGGUGUGAGUUCAAGGUCAAGGAAUUCAAGACAAAUUCUAAAUCUCUACAGAAUUUAGCAAACGGUGUAGCCGGAGAAGAGAAGAAAGUUGCCGGAAACAGAAUAGGCAGCAGCGGAUCUUUAACCCCGGUGGAACUCGUCGGAGAGUUGAAACCAGCUUCUAAACAUGGAAUCAAGCAAAACCAACCUAGGAGGGGGCAGAUUAAAAUCAAGAUAUUCAAGAUGAUUGCUAAUUCGGUCCAAAAUUUAGCUGGUAGGGUCUCCGGAGAAAAGAAGAAAUCUGCCGGAAAUGGAGGCAGCGGCGGAUGUUUUAGUUCGCCGUCCAUCGUAAUCCCGGUGGAAACUUUUGGAGGGUUGAAACCAGCUUCCGGGAGUGGAAUCAAGCAAAAGCGACGAGAAAGGGGUAAGAUUUUCAUUACAGUUGCCGGAUCCGUCAUCGAGUUUUCAGAAUCUGGAGAGAAGGAUGAGACGGCCGCCGUCGGACGGUGGUUUAGCUUGGCUACCGGAAUCGUUCAAAUGAAAAUUGUAAAUGGGUGUGAAUCAGAGAAGCUGUGUGAUUAG